UAUCUCAAGUUAAAUUGAAAAGAAUUUUUAUGAGAAGGAAGGAUGAUUAGUUUUCCAUAAACCAUUAGUAGUAUAUUUAUUUCAUACAUAUUCCUACAUUAAACAGGCCAAGGAAUUCGAGGAUGAGAUGUAUAUAAUGGGCAUAGACAGUCCGAGGAGUAGCAGCAGACUUCAAGUGCUAAGCAGCCACAUAACUCCCAUGGCUUCUGAAAAAGAAGCUGCCCUUCUCGCCGUUCCCUCAGAUUCUCCCACCAUAUUCGACAAGAUUAUAAACAAAGAAAUACCAGCCGACAUUGUUUACGAGGAUGGUCAGGUUUUGGCUUUCAGGGACAUAAACCCCCAAGCUCCAGUGCACAUUCUUCUUAUUCCAAAGGUGAAGGAUGGGUUAACUGGGCUCUCUAAGGCAGAGGAGAGACAUUGUGAUAUUCUUGGUCGCCUUCUUUACACUGCAAAGCUUGUAGCUAAACAAGAAGGUCUUGAUGAAAAUGGGUUCAGGCUCGUGAUCAAUGACGGAAGAGAUGGAUGCCAGUCUGUUUACCAUAUUCAUCUUCAUCUCCUUGGAGGAAGACAGAUGAACUGGCCACCUGGGUAAUUUAAGUUGAGAUUGGAUCUGGGGUUUAAGGACUGGCCAUGCAUAAUCAUAAUGAAGGAAGAAGGGUUGUCUGUUCUAUGUACUUGGUCCCAUUCCUACAAAUAAAAGACAUUCUGGCUAGUUACUGUUCUAUUUAUUUUUAUAUAUAUGAACGCUUCACUUUUUAUAUGAGGUGAUAACCAAACCAUCUGAUAUGUGACUGAAAGGAAUUGCCUUUGACGUGUAUUAGUUAAGUAAUUCAAGGUCCUUCCUCUAUUUCAACA